UUUGUUUUCGGACAUGAGAGUCUUUAUGCUGCAGAGCGUGCGAUUGUCCACCCACUUUCUCUCGAGCUCCUCACUUGCAAGACUCCAGAGCCAUGGCUGCAGAGGACAAGCACACUUGCUAUGAAGGCGAUUCAGUUCAAAGUUUCCAGUUCUACUUGGAGAAAUCAGGAGAGCACGAGGCCAUUCUCCAGGCUGUCGGAAAAAUCCUGCCUGCCGACUUCAAAAGGAUGGCAGAAGGGAAAAGCAGCCUGGAUGUUCUGGGAGUCGGGAGUGGCGGAGGUGAGUUGGAUACCCAGAUGCUGAAUCUCCUGCAGAGCACCUGUCCAGGUGUUUCCCUCUCCACCGACAUCGUGGAGGGCAGCAGUGAACUGGUUGAUUGCUUCAAAGCGCUGGUGAAGAAGACGCCAAGCGUUCAGAAUGUGCCGUUCACCUGGCACGUCGUGCACAGUGAGGAAUACGUGAAGCAGGGAAAAGCCAAGGCUGACAUCAAGAAAUUUGACUUCAUCCAUAUGAUUCAGAUGAUCUACUACGUGAAUGACGUUGAGGACACUCUGAAGUUCUACCAAAGCGCUCUGAAACCCAAUGGCAGAAUCAUGAUCAUCAUUGAAGCAGAAAAUGGAGGCUGGGACACGCUGUGGAAUACCUUCAAGAAGGACCUCUGGACCGGCGCCAUCCAGGAGUACCGCUCCUCCAGAGACGUUGUGGCUUCUCUGAAAAAGCUGGGAAUGAAAUUCCAAGAACACGACAUCCCCAACUCUUUCGACAUCACGGAGUGCUUCGAUCCCACGAAUGAAACCGGAAGGCGUCUGCUCAACUUCAUGACGGCCAAAGAUGACUUCCAAAAUUCCUUCACCCCAGAGCUCAGAGCCGAAAUGCUGGAUGUCCUCAGAGAACGGUGCAGCACCAAGAAAGACGGGAAGAUUUUCUUCAAAAGUGACUUGAAGAUGAUUCUAAUUGAUGCUUAAAUGAAUGAGGGCAGGCCACAUGACAAAAUGAACUGCUAGGUGUUUGAAGCUUAGCAUCACGACAAGGCCUAUUUCUCUAUGCUCACAAUAAAUAAGACAUG